GGUGGGGGUGGAGAGCUGCCUGCGCAUGUCAAGGCUGACUGAGCAUACACGGUCAGGGGGGCCUGGAGAAGGGCAGCUGGUCACCGGCCACCCACGGUCGGGGCCCCGGCACGAUCCGGGAGCGAGCUCUGGGGAAGGGGCCCAUCCUCCCCGCCGCACUCCACCCCCCGCCUCUGAAAUUUUCAGCCAAACAAGAGCUUCCGCCUCCUCCCCUGCCCCUCUGGACCUCCCCGGGGAGCCGAGGGCGGGCGUGGACGGCACUGAGGUGGAACGAAUUUUGUAGCUCAGACGGGUGGCCCCGGUGGCUUCGGGUGGACACGCCCAGCUGGAGAAGCCGGUCAAGGCGGAUGACGCCGCCGCUCCCGGGUCUUGGCGGAUCCUGGUCGGAGCGUAGCUGUUCCUAGGGCAGGUGAGAGGUGGAUCAGCAUGGAACCUUUCGACAGCCCGGCCGCCUAGAGCCAGCCAUGCUGCUCGCUUCCGAGCUGAGCUUUCUCCGAGGCGCAAACAGGAGAAGCAGCCGUGCAACUGGAAUUUGAAGUUCCGGGGUGGGCGGGGAAGGUACUGUCCGUGGUGCUGAGCCGGAUCCCAGCAACGGGCUCCGGGGAGAGCGUGAGAAGCUGCUGAUCUGCUCCCUCGAAUUGGGGCGGUCGGCUAGGGUAGCUUGGAGCUGAACCCCCCACCUGGCUCAAAAAGCCUGCAGAGCCUCCCCAGUCACCGGCGCUUGGCCCUUAUUUCAGUCAGAAAGUCGCCCCCUUGGGGCAGUUCGUCCCAAAGGGUUUCCUCGAAAGUGUCUGAGAGGACGCAGUUCUUGACCAAGGGAAUCUCUCUGUUUAGCUCUGGAAGCCACCCACCGAAAAAAGAUGCCUGCUUUCAACAGAUUGUUUCCCCUGGCUUCCCUCGUGCUCAUCUUCUGGGUCCGUGCCUGCUUCCCCGUGUGUGUGGAAGUGCCCUCGGAGACGGAGGCCGUUCAGGGCAACCCAAUGAAGCUGCGCUGCAUCUCCUGCAUGAAGAGGGAGGAGGUGGAGGCCACCACGGUGGUGGAAUGGUUCUACAGGCCCGAGGGCGGUAAAGAUUUCCUAAUCUACGAGUAUCGGAACGGCCAUCAGGAGGUGGAGAGCCCCUUCCAGGGACGCCUGCAGUGGAACGGGAGCAAGGACUUGCAGGAUGUGUCCAUCACUGUGCUCAACGUCACCCUGAAUGACUCCGGCCUCUACACCUGCAACGUGUCCCGGGAGUUUGAGUUUGAGGCACAUCGCCCCUUUGUGAAGACUACACGGCUGAUCCCCCUUCGAGUCACCGAGGAGGCUGGAGAGGACUUCACCUCCGUGGUCUCAGAAAUCAUGAUGUACAUCCUCCUGGUCUUCCUCACCUUAUGGCUGCUCAUCGAGAUGAUAUAUUGCUACAGGAAGGUCUCAAAGGCUGAAGAGGCAGCCCAAGAAAAUGCGUCUGACUACCUUGCCAUCCCAUCAGAGAACAAGGAGAACUCUGCAGUCCCAGUGGAAGAAUAGCAGAGAAGGGGUGUGACUUGAGGUGGCCUGAACACUGAGGAACCGGAUAUCCCAGGUUCAGUGAUGUCAACAGCGUCAGGAGGGUGCCCCAGAGGCCACAUCGCUUCCCUUCAUGCAUCCAUCCUUCUAUUCAUUCAUCAUACCUCCACUCACCUCUGAACUUUCACCUCUGACUUCCUAACUCCAUCAGACUUCUACACACCAUAAGACUUUGCCAGAACUGAGGAGCCAACAUUUCUACAUGGACUCAACCUCACCUUGUCCUAGCUUUCAAGCAAGCAGCUCCCAUGCCAACUGGACUUCUCCCCUGUACUCAACUGACUUUGUAGAAGUGCUGGAGGUGGCACACCCCUCUGCUCCUAAUUGGCUGGAACUGGCUCAUUUUCCAUUGCUGCAAGUGAAUGGAUGUCUUAAUGGAAGGAAGCAGGAAUAAUUAAUUCAGUUAAAGCAAAAGAGUGUCAUGAAAUGGGAUUCCUUGAAGUCAGUUUUUUUCAAGUUUCUAGCCCACUUGGCUAGAGCAUCAGAGCAAAGCAUGCCUGUCUAGGUUCUCCAGUGAUAGAAAGUUCACUAGGCAUGAACUAAAAUGUUCUCUGGAGCUUGGUACCGAUACAUACCUGAUAUGUCUCUAAGACCUAGGUUGGACUCAGUCCUUCAUGAAGCCAAGGAAAGGAGACUUGGGAGGAGCUGCAAGCAACUUAAGUGGCUCUUAAAAGUCAUAGAACAUGUUCAUGAUCCUAGGGGAAGGUAUGCUCCCUUCCCACAGGAGCACACUGCCUGAGAGAGCUGGGAGGCAUUAUUUUCCUGUGGGCAUUGGAACUGAAAUUCCUAAAUUCCUCCUCUUAAAAUUUCUGUGGAUCAGUAUUAUUCCACAUUUUACAGGAGGCAGCUGAGACUCAGAAAGGGCUCGACUGAAUAAGAGACUUCAGAGGAGAAACUGGAGCAGAGAUGAGCCUUAGGUGCUGCCCAGUUUACACUUUGGGAGAUGGGAUAAUUUUGUUUUUAAAAAGACUUUGAAAUUGAACUUGGCUCUGGCCAUGCCUCUUUCACAAGCACAGAUUGGGGUGGAUUGCCUAGCUGAGGUGAACUCUCAUAGAUUUCAGGUAGCUAGAAAUUGGCCAACAGAGAGAAGGACCUGAGGUAGACUUGAAGAAUUUCCUUAGUGAAAAGAUUUGUGAAUCUGAAACAUCCUGCAGAAGGAGACUGCAUCUAGGAACGACAUUUAAACUAAGAAACAUGCUUUUUAGUCUGAGAGGGAUAAUGAGCAAACGAAUAAGUGAUAGAGAAGGGAUGGGCUAGGUGGCUUCCAAAUAGUUCACCUGUGAAUCCAUAAUGUCUAGUGGUUUGUUUUCCUGGAUUUGGAGAGAGCAGAGGAACACUGGAAAUAUUUGUCAAUAUCUCAUGUUUCAUUUUAAUUGAGUGGUCCAAGUGUGAUGUCCUUCAGCACCCAGUGAUGAGAGAGGGGAAGGAUGCUUUAUGGGAUAUGAGAAGAUGAAAGUGACUGGGAUUCAAUGAGAGACAUGUCCCUCAGAUCUGGCGGAAUUUAUAGGGAAAGAUCAUCUUCCAUUGGCUCUGGGCCUCACCCGACACUCUCAUUUUGUCAUCUCUUCCAUCUCUGGGGAAGUACUUGAAACAAGUCCUUGUUCACAUA